AUGUGGAUGGUUGUUCAAUCAUUGAAAGAUAAUUCUAUUAAAUAUGUGCCUAAAACAUGGUACAAUAAAAAAAAAAAAAUGUGUGCAUGGCCAAUUGCAAAAAAUUAUUCAAAAAGAUUAAUUGAGAAAAUGAUACCUCUACAUUUGUUUGAAUAUUAUUGGUUACCAGUAAGGAAAAUAGGACGAUUGUAUGGAAGUUUAGAAGAAGCUCGCACGAAGAUGUAUUAUGCUAGAAUUCUAACAACUUUAUCAGUAAACCGUGAACAUACAAGUACCAAUAUAACAAAAAAAACAUCAGAAAAUAAAAUAAUACAAAGUCUUCCCACUGUAAAAUCUAAAGAAACUCAUUCUAAGAUGUAUUAUGCUAAUAUCCUAUCAAAUUUAUCAGUAAACCGUGAACAUAUAAGUACCAAAGUAACAAGAAAAACAUUAGAAAAUAAAAUGAUACAAACUCCUCCUAUUGUAAAGUCUAGUAUACCAAAACAGAAUAAACAAAUAGUACACGAUUAUAAGUCUACAUCGACUGUCAUACCUGUUAAAGACAAAAAAAAGGCUAAUUGUGGUUUACCAAAACAGGAUCAACAACUUGAACACAAUAAUAAUUCUACAUCUACUACCAUGCGUACUAAAGAUAAUACUAAGGAUAAUUCCGUUUUUCAAAAUCAGGUCCUUAGUUUAUUAACGAAAAUGAAUGAAGAGAUAUUAAAUUUGAAAUCAUCAUUAAAUAUUCAACAUGAUACAAUUAACGGAUUUGAUACAUUUCUUAAGAAUACAAUUGGCUCUCAAAUGUCCAAUAAAUCAUCAAUAACAUUCGAUGACAUAUUCCCAUUAAAAUCUCAAACGGAACUCGAAACAUUCGAAGAAAAAAUUAAAGGCGAUAAAAUAUUUAGAAAUGAUGUGAUAUCAAAUUUAUCAAUGCUGAAUAAUAUGAAUAAUAUCAGUAAUAGUGUUAAAUGUAUGAUGUCCAGAAUGUUUUCCGAUGAAUUAGUUUCUCAAUAUUCAUUAUCUGGAGUCAAGCAAAAAAAGAACUUUUCAAAUCUAUCUACAUACUGUUUAUUGAUUGAUGCCAUACGAUGUAAGCAUAGUAAAUUAGAUAACGAAAAAAUAGAUGCACCAUUGGCGAUUUGGUUGUCACUUGCGAAGUUUCGUAUUGAAAAGAUCAAGAGAAAAUUAAUUUCAAGUUAA